AUGUUCUGUGUGGGCCCGGGCCCAAGUUUGGUUGCGUAUGGUUUUGCUGUAAAUGCUCGUAUUGUGCCAGGGCUAUUACGCGCUUUUGAACGUACGUCGGAGAUGAAACGCAGCGGAAGUGAUCGCCGUAUCGGUGGUGGCGGGAAACGUUCGCGCCUGGACAGUUACGAGGAGGCGCUGGCAAAUGGGAAGUACGAGCUGAGACUGCUGGUGACGAGCCGCGGUGCCGGUGGCAUUAUCGGCCGAGGAGGCGAAAAUAUCAAGCGCCUCCGUGCCGAGGUAUGA